AUGGCGCUGUGUUAUACGAGACUGCUAUGUCGCCGUACUGUCGAUUUUCGUAAUUUUCGAAAUUUGUAUACGUGCAGCCCACGGAAUGUUGCUAUCUCAGCACCAUGUAUGGGAAGCACAAUUUGUGAAUCUCAUGAUGAGAGAAAUAUGCGCCUUAAGAGACCUAUGUCACCACACUUAACUAUUUAUCAAGUUCAAAUAACAUCACUUCUUUCCAUUACGCAUCGUACAACAGGCCUAAUAUUGUCAAGUUAUGCAAUGAUGCUUGGUUUAGGAACAUUACUUAUCCCUGGAGGUAUUCCUUGCCUUAUAGAAAUGAUUUCAGAUUUAGGUUUAUCAGCUCCUAUUCUUUUUGUUGGCAAAACUUUACUUGCUCUUCCUGCUACUUAUCAUACACUCAACGGAUUUCGUCAUUUGUUUUGGGAUUUAGGAAUGUUCCUUACAAUUAAAGAAGUAUAUAGUACUGGAUAUGCAGUGACUGCAUUGUCUGCAAUUGCUGCUGUUCUUCUUGCUGCAUUGUAAGUUUCAUCAAUUACAUUGUCAUACAAUUUUUACUGAAAAUUAACUGUAUUAUCAGAUCAAUUUGUCCGACAAAUUGUACAAAAUUUAGAGUAAAACAUUAGAAUAACAAAUCUAAAAAAUA